CCUGCAACGUGAUGCGGUAAAUACCCCACAGAGCAUGCAUGCUCUUUUUUGUCGGUCCAUUGAAUCACCCUUCAAAUUUCUAAACCAGCUCCAAAUCCUACAUUUUUUUUUUGUGAUUUAAAAAUUCACCCAUUCUUGAAAAGCAAAAAUCCCAGCAAAAAUUUUGGAUUUCUGCCAUCGGAUUCUUCUCGAGAUUGCUCUCACAUGGUUUCUGCACAGCCCUUUAUUCUAAAAAUCGAUUCUUUUUUCCUGUUUAAUUACUGGGUUCUUUUAUAGUUUUAUUCUCUUGUAAAAAUCGCCCCGUAUUAUUAUAUAUUAUAUUUCUACGGAGCAUUAGAUUUCAUUUGUUUAUAAUUUUGUGAGUUUGUGUGUUGUACGAGUGAGUUGUUGGUGAUAAUAAAGAAAAUGGUGGCGGAUUGGAAAUCAUCAUGGUGGCGAUCUCUGAGCAAGCAGAACCACUUGAUUGUGAAGUUGGGCAUCUCUGUUCUCCUUGCCGGUCUAGCUUUCAGGCUUCUCUUCUCUAGAUCCAUUGAUAUUCCUGACGGUGCAGAAACGGAGAUCAUAUUUCUUGAAGAUUGUGAAGUUGCCCCUACAGAUGAACAGAAUGUAGAGCAGUGUGAUCUUUUCGUUGGAGAUUGGGUUCCUAAUCCGAUAGGUCCUAUGUACACAAAUGAUUCAUGUAAGUUCAUCGAAAACCAUCAGAACUGUAUGUUGAAUGGUCGGCCAGAUACAGGCUAUCUUUACUGGAAAUGGAGGCCUCGUGAUUGUGAGUUGCGCCAAUUUAACCCGAAGAAGUUUCUUGUGCUAAUGAGGGAUAAAAAUUGGGCGUUGGUUGGCGAUUCUAUAACUAGGAAUCAUGUUCAAUCAAUUCUUUGCAUGCUCUCUAGGGUAGAAGUAGCAAUUGAAAUAUACCAUGAUGGGGAUUACAAAUCGAGAAGAUGGUUCUUCCCCUCGUACAACUUCACGAUUUCGGUCAUUUGGUCCCCUUUCCUGGCAGAAGCAGCUACCUUUGAGGACAUAAAUGGGGUAUCUUCUUCUGAGAUCGAGCUGCAUCUUGAUAGACUUGAUAAGAAUUGGACUCGGUAUUAUGAUGAGUUAGACUACAUAGUAUUCUCGAGUGGCGAGUGGUUUGUGAAAACGGCUGUCUAUUUCAAGAACGAUAUGAUAAUAGGGUGCCACCUUUGUCCCAAAAGGAACUUGACAGAGCUCGGGUUCGCCUUUGCCUACAGAGAAAUCCUCAGGAGUUUCUUCAACUACAUUAUUUCGUCGAAGCAUAAAGGUACGAUUUUGUUUAGGACCACCACCCCAGCCCAUUUCGAGCAUGGCGAAUGGUUUAGCGGGGGGACCUGCAACAGAACAGAGCCAGCACACGAAGGCGAGUUCAAGUUAAGUGAGAUUCACAGGAUUCUGCGAGAGGUGGAGCUGCAGGAAUUCGAGAGGGUCUCGGGCAAUGCAACCGAGGCGGGGGUGAAGCUUAAGCUCUUCGACAUAACUCCCCUCACGUUGUUGAGGCCCGAUGGCCACCCGGGGCCAUACAGAUUCUAUCAACCGUUUGCGGAUGGCAAGAACGGGACAGGCAUCAACGACUGCCUGCACUGGUGCUUGCCCGGGCCGAUUGAUUCUUGGAACGAUUUGCUAAUGGAAAUGGUUAGGUGCCGUUGAGAGGGUAUUUGGUCAUUCUUUUCUGACAUUCAAAACCUCGUUCGCUUGCAGUCUGCCAUGAAUGAAUGCUUCGGGGAAAGUAUCGAUUGAUGGAUCGAAAUGGUUAGUGAUGCAAGUAAUUAAAGCACAUAUUAUAGUAAUGGUCUGCAACUCUUUCUACCCCUCUGUAGGUUUAUGUAUAAAAAACAGUAAUACUAAAUUGGAGAUGGCACUUAGUCAGUUAGUCUUUGUUGCCUCACCCAUAGUAAAUGUACCAAUAAUUUUUCUUUUUUAUCAAUACAAUGUUCUCAAUAAAUUA